AUGGUUCACUCAGGUCAAGUUCUUCGCGAUGAAGCUCUUCAAGCUCAAGCUCGCCGCGACGAUAUUACCGAACUCAACGCACUCCAUUCAUCCCUUCUUCGUCUCCCGGCCGAACUCAGAAAUGCCAUCUUCGCUCACGUCUUCAGCAGCAUGAGGUGUACCUUUGACGAACACCGCUGGGAGGAUCCAGAGACUCAGUACCUGCAUUCAUUCGAUCAGUGUGUCCUAGGCCUCCUCGCUGUGUCACGCCAAUUGCAUGCUGAGACAGCGCUUCUCCCGUACCAGCUCGGCUUCUUCCUUUUUAAGUUUAAGGUUUCCAAGGGCAAAUGGUCAUACUGUGUGGAAAGGUUUGUGGAGAACAGAACCAAGGCGCAAGCGCCGGCUAUGGACGAUAAGAUCUUGGUCUGUCAGCUCAGCAAAUACAUAGGAGGUGACCGUUUCUACUAUAGCAUAUCAGCUUGGAAUAAUCCAUGUCUUGUUAGAGGAGGAUAA